AUGUGGCAGUCGCUGCUGGGGCUGCCCGAGCCGAUCAUCAAGGCGUCGGCCGCCGAGACGCGGCUUGGCGAGGUCGAGACGCGGCGCGCCAAGCAGGCCUUCACGCGGGCGUCGGGCCAUGGCCACAUGACGCGGCUUGUCUUUGUCCACAGCGUCUUGCGCGAGGUGCUGCCGAGCAUGCCGAUCCCGCUCGCGGAGCGCUUCUUCAACAGCAUCAACCUCGACGUGACGGGGCACCUCAAGUACAAGGAGUUCAUCUCGGCCAUCGCGGUCCUCAAGACAGGCUCGAUGCGGGAGCGCCUCAAGCUCCUCUUCCGGGCCCUCGACUCCACCGAGUCGGGCGCGAUUGGCAAAGGCGACGUCCGCGCGUUCCUUCUCUGGACCAUGACAACCCCCAACGUCGCCGCCAUCGGACACAACGGCAAGACCUGGACCGCCGUCAUGUUUGAAGCCGAGCUCUUCCAGAAGCAAGAGAAGCUCAAACUCGAUACGUUCCGGACGCGCAUGGCCAACCUCAAGGCCGAGAAGAUUGCGCUCCUCGAAUGGAUUCCCGCGCUCGCCAACGCAUUUGUCUUUGACGAGGUGGUCGACGUGCCCGCGUCGUCGCCGGCGCCGCGCUCGACACGGUCCACCUCCCUCGUGCUGCCGCCGUCGGCCGCCACGACCCUCGCGUUGUACACGCUGCCCAACUGGUUCGACUCGGACGUGAUCGCGUUCCGCGCGACCUGCCAGCAGCUGCGACAAGAGUAUGCGUUGCAUGACCUCGUGCCAGACUCGACGGUCGCCGACGCCUUUGCCAUGCACAUUGAUCGCGCCGUGGUCAUGGCCGUCGGCGCCGGUGCCGACCGAACGCUGCGCGAAUGGCUCACGCGGCUCGUGUGCAUUCACCGGGCGACCGUCAUGGAGGCGCUUGGUGCGCUCUUUGACGUCUUUGUCGACCGCAACAAGACCCAAGUCACGUCGCAGCUCGCAGACUUUCUCUGUACGAGCCACUUAGAUGUCGACGUGGUGCUGGACCCUUUGGUGCUCGUGAGCGCGAAUGCAACCUCGCUCUACGACGAAGUCCUGUCGUACCUCGAAAAAGAGGCACCGCCCGUUGCAUUCGAAGAGUACUUUACCUGGCUGCAAGACUACCCGGUCGUGCUCUGGUUGUGGCAACAGCUCCUCGACGAGGUCCACGGCCGCCUCGCGACGAGCAUGAAGGACGGUCAUCUCCACCGCGUGCCGCUGGUGAAAGCACUCCGGAAGCUCCCGGACGCAAGCCCUCAUAUUGAUGGCGGUCUUUGGUUUGGCAUCGAUGCGACUUGGUGGCAGCGGUUUGUCCAGUGUGAGACACAGAUGGGACCCGUCCAGCCGAGCGAGAGCGGCGUGUUUGUCAACCCGAGUGUGUGGCACCUCGUCAGCCAUUGGUUUCCGCCAUCGACGCCAUCGACGCCGAUCGUCGUGCGGCUGACGUGCCGGGUCGGCGGUGACGCCGAGAUUCGUCUCGAGACCGACCCGCUCACCGUGGCGCUCGUGCUGCAAGACGCCAAGACCACAUCGCCGUCGGUGGUGCGACUGAGCCAGACAACAUCGAUUGCUCGGCUGCCGGUGCUAUUGCGAGCCCACUACAACUUGGCGCCGUCGACGCCGUUCAGCGUGCUCUGGCGACCGCAAAAGUCGGACGACGCCACGAGUCUGCCCGCAGGCGCGCGCCUCGGCGACGUGGCGACCAAAGGACAUCUCGAGCUCCUCGUGCAGUGUGCUGCGCUGUUGACGCCGUCGCCAACGGCCGCCGUGACGCUGCGUCCGUCGACGCCGGUCGUCGGACUGAGCAACCUCGGGAAUACGUGCUAUAUGAACUCGGUGCUGCAGUGCCUCUUCCACACCCCGCUCUUACAAGAGUUCUUUGCGUCCGACGAGUACCUCUACGACCUCAACACGGUAAACCCCAUGGGCAUGAAGGGCGUGCUCGCGGCUACGUACGGCGAACUCGCCAAGGUCCUCGCAGCGCUCGCAACGUCAAGUCGCAACAAGACGCGUCCGAUCGCACCGCAGCGGCUCAAGUUUUGCAUGGGCAAGGUCUACGCGUCCUUUGCCGGCAACCUCCAGCACGACGCGCACGAGUUCCUCUCGGUGCUGCUCUCGGGGCUCAACGAAGAUUUGUGUCGACCGGUCGCUGGAGCCGGCACUUCCAAGCCGUACAUCGCCUUGCCCGACAGCAACGACCGACCGGACGUGGACGUGGCGGCCGAGUGGUGGACAGCCCACGUCCUGCGCGACCCCUCGAUCAUCACUGCACUCUUUACCGGCCAGUUCAAGUCGGCGCUCGAGUGUGCGAGCUGCCACGCGACCUCGAAUCGAUUCGAGCCGUGCUCGUUUCUGCAAGUGCCACUACCGCCCGAGCCGUUCCGGUGGCUUCAACUGCAGUACCGGCGGUCGUCGUCGUCGGCCCGCGUCUCGGUCCAAGUCCGCGUACCCACGAACGGUACGAUCACGGACGUUCUCAAGGAGAUCGACACUCUCUUUCCGGAGUCGGCCGCUUCCGAGCACAAGGUGGCCGUCGUCAUGGGGGCCCACCGCCUCGCCCAUGUUCUCAAGCCCACCUCGUCGAUCGCCGAGCUCUCGCUCGAGCACCUGCACGUCUUUGGCGUGCCUGUGCCCGACGAACCGUUGCCGACGCUGUGGCUCCAAGCCGUCCACCGGUACCAGCGCAUCGUGCCCUUCUACUUCCGACGGCCGUUCCGCGUGCAUCUAUUUGGCCACCCGCUCUUGGUGCCGAUGGCCAAGACGAGCGCCGAGCUCUACGCGUGGCUACACACGCAUUUUGCCCCGACACCGACGGUCAACGGCCUCGCGCUGGAAACCCCGGUUUUGGCCAAGGCGCCGAGCAUGGAGUUUGCGAUUCCGUCGCUGCAAACGACGACGUCAUAUGGGUUCACACUGCGGCAGGUGCUCAAGCCCGACGGUCUCUCGUGCGCGAUUUGUCCGUGGACCUCCCACUGCCUCGGGUGUGUACUGGACCCAAGCGAUGCGACGACGCGCCUCGAACCCACGGCCGCUACGAUGCUGGCCAUCGACUGGCACGACGAUGUCUUGUCGGCGCGCAUCGUGCAGGAAAAGGCGGCGUCGACGCCCGAGGCAGCGACGUCGCCGGUGCACCACUCGACCCGGCCCUCCAACUCGCUCGAGGAGUGCCUUGAGAUGCUCUGUUCGAGUGAAAGCAUUGACAUGGGCUGUGGCAAGUGCAAGACUUCGACAGAGCACUCGAAGCGGCUGUCGAUUCACGGCGCGCCGCCUGUCCUCGCCGUGCAGCUCAAGCGAUUUCAGAACCUCUCGUCGUCGGGCCACCGACCCAUCAAGGCCGAAAAUGCAAUUGCAUUUCCCACACACAACCUCGACCUCGCUCGGUUCAUGACACCGACACCACCGACAUCGACGACAACGACGACGACGACACCGGCACCGACACCGAUGGAACCGAUGGAUCGGAAACGACCGUUUACAUCGACGUCGACCGAGACGCCGCUCUCGGUGGCUUUUCCGUCACCGACGCAAGCGGCGGCACCGGAUGCCAAGUACGAUCUGUACGGAGUCGUGUGCCACCACGGUGUGCUGGGCGCAGGGCACUAUGUGGCGUACAUCAAGGACUCGCUCGGGCAGUGGUUUUGCCUCGACGACACGACCGUGACGCAGCUGCCAACGCUCGAGAUGACGGCGCGCCUCAUGCAGUCGGCGUACCUCCUCUUUUACGAACGCCAGGACGUGGCUAAUGUCAGCGUCGCCGACUGGUUUCCGCGGCGGUCGCAGGCGACGAUCACGGUCAACCUCGCAGCGAUCAAGGGCCAGCUCACGUCCUUCAAGGCGCCGUCAUUGCCGAAACCCUCGCCGCCGAAAGCCAAGGCGGGCUGGACCAACGGGUGGUUUGCCAAGCCGUAGUAGGACUAGUAGUAGGACAGUAUUGCAUUGGAGUCUGUGAGUAAUCGAUGCGACG